ACUGAAGCUAUUGAGCACGGAGAGAAAACAUCAAAAACAAGAAAUAGCCCCCUCCUUCAGCGCGUGUCACAAUCGCAAGCAGGACUCGACCAGGAUAACGCUUGUGAAGGGCGACGACUCCAGUUAGCUAGCUAGGUACUCCCUAAACAUAGCUAACCAGCUUUAUUCUAUAGUAACCUAGAAUUAGGUAACACUUGCUAACCAUUAAGAAAGCUAAUGUUGCUAAUAUUACUGUUUAGCUAACUGGCUAACGGUACUUUUUAGCUUGCUUAUCAGCUAGCCAGCUCAGCUCCUACUAGCUAGUGAGCUAGCGGAUUGAAACGCGGGUUUGACGGUUCAGCUUAUAUUACAAAAUACAGCAGGCUUGCUAACUGCAUUAGAAAGUUAUAAGAGCGGUUGACAGAUUUUAAUUUCGUUACAUUUUUCAAACUCACUUAUCUAACGCUAGAUACAAUCCAGACUGAGCUGGACUCCGUUCCAUAAGCUAAUGUUAGCGAGUGCGAGCUAGAUGGUGGCUAAAUUCACAUAGCGUGCUAGCUGAUUUGACUUGCGGGAGUGGACUGUCUGCAUAUUAAUUUCUAAUUAACUUGCUAACAUGUGCAUGCUUGGAGUAAUUGUGGUUGGGUUCCAAAGAUGUUAUCAUCAACUAGAUAGCCAUAUGCUAUGCUUUUAAACUUCAUUGAGUGUAGAGGUAAGUUAAGCGUGGUUAGGCACUAACAACAGCAACACAGUGCCAGCGAAUCGAAUUCGCAGCACAGGACUUUAGCUAGCACUAGCUGUAUGGUUUGUUUGGACUUCAGUGUUCUUUGAUACCCCAGUAAAUAAGCUAGUCCCUCUAUUCGCCCCCCUUCGGGUUCAACUGUUCAACUGAAGACCCAAGGCCAAGAUUGAUAAACCGGAGGCAGGAUCUCUGAGCGGCGCGGGCGCCCAGCGUGUGGGGAUUGAUUGGCUGGUGGGUGUGGCCGGCGGGCUGGCUCCUCCCCCUCCGGGCGGCAGCGUGCGCUCCCAGCCGGCCCCCUGCGCCCCGCGCUCGCCCGGCCUGCGCCCCCGCGCCCAUGCCCCCAGCGCCGCGCGGCCCUCCAACGCCAUGUGCCUCCCGCCCGCCAUGGAGCCGGGCAGCCACGGCCGGGGGCGCGGCGAGGGCGGCGUGCCCCUGGAGCCCUUCGUGCACCAGGUGGGCGGGCACACCAGCAUGAUGCGCUACGACGACCACACGGUCUGCAAGCCCCUGAUCGCCCGCGAGCAGCGCUUCUACGAGUCGCUCCCGCCCGAGAUGAAGGAGUUCUCCCCCGAGUACAAAGGCGUGGUGCUGGUGUGUUUCGAGGGGGACAUGGACGGCUACAUUAACCUGGUGGCGUACCCGUACGUGGAGAGCGAGGGGCUGGACCACGAGGACCUGCCUGAGAGGGACCAACCGCGACGCAAACACUCCCGCCGCAGUCUGCACCGCUCCAGCAGCGACCACAAGGAGGAGCGGCCCGCCCACGAGAGCGACAGCAGCGAGAACCUGCAGGAGCUGAAGAGCCCGCGGCUGGACCUGCAGAUCCACUCGGAGGUGCCCUUCCAGAUGCUGGACGGGAACAGCGGCCUGACCUCGGAGAAGAUCAGCCACAACCCCUGGAGCCUGCGCUGCCACAAGCAGCAGCUGAGCCGCAUGCGGUCCGAGUCCAAGGACAGGAAGCUCUACAAGUUCCUGCUCCUGGAGAACGUGGUGCACCACUUCAGCUACCCGUGCAUCCUGGACCUGAAGAUGGGCACGCGGCAGCACGGCGACGACGCCUCCGAGGAGAAGGCCGCGCGCCAGAUGAAGAAGUGCGAGCAGAGCACGUCCGCCACGCUGGGGGUGCGCGUCUGCGGCAUGCAGGUGUACCAGAUGGACACGGGCCACUACCUGUGCAGGAACAAGUACUACGGCCGGGGGCUGUCCAUCGAGGGCUUCCGGGCGGCGCUGUACCAGUUCAUGCACAACGGGGCGCAGCUGCGCAGGGACCUGUUCCAUCCCAUGCUGGGGAAGCUGCGCAGCCUGAAAGCCGUGCUGGAGAGGCAGGCCUCGUACCGCUUCUACUCCAGCUCCCUGCUCAUCAUCUACGAGGGCAAGGAGCCGGGCCCCGAGGGGCCCCCCGAGAGGGAGCCCGCGCAGGGGCCCGCGGAGGGGCCCGCCCACCCGCCUGCCCCCCUGCCUGCCGCGGACCGCGCGCACGAGCUCCCCCCGCCCCCCUCGGAGCCCCGCGGAGUCGCACCGCCCCCGCACCCGCCCCCCAGCGUGGACGUGCGCAUGAUCGACUUCGCCCACAGCACCUUCAAGGGUUUCCGCGACGACCAGACUGUGCAUGACGGGCCUGACAGGGGCUACAUCUUUGGACUGGAGAGCCUCAUCAAGAUCCUGGAGGGCAUCCGGGACGAGCUCCCGUAGCUAAAUAAAGAAAAGGGAAUAAAAGCAAGCCCCGCCCCCCUCCACCCCCAACCCCACCUUUGACACUGAGAUAAUAUAAUUAAAUAAAAAUGCAAAACAAAUCUAAAAACAUGGUGACAUUUCCCAGAAUGAAUGAAAAGCACAUUCAUAGGCAAAGAAACUAAGGAAUGACUGCUUUUGUAGCGAUGAUGGAGAUGGACGCUCAAGGUUUUAGAAACCCUUUGAUCUCCUCAUUGAUUAGCACCUAGGGAAAAGGUGGCAACUUGUGGCAGGGUCUACAGCCCCACUGUCUGGACAGACAGCUGCUCCCCCCCAAUAACCCCCCUCAUCCGGCAGCAUAGAAGGACAUGUCUGCCUUGUGUGUUCAUUGCCACCAUGUGGCCACUUCUAGUAUUGCAUCAAGGCACGGGUCAGAAAUAAUAAAACGCAGCUGAAGCUCAGGGCAA